GUUACAACCACCAACACAAUUAAGUUCAACUUUUAGUUUUCGAUCCAAUCAUUCUCUUCUGAUCAGUUCGGCCGCCCGUAAAGACUGAUUGUGCUUACCUACUGAGUCUAAUUUCUCUGAGCAUUGAAGGUACUGAUUGAAUAUACGCGGUUGUUUUUGCAGGUAGUUUAUUAUUAUUAUCAUAAUUAUUUUUUCCUGAGGUGUCGAUAUAAUCGACUGUUUCCUCACGGAUAUGUUCCUUUAGAAGAGUUGGUCAAUCUACAUUUUCGAUCCUUUUUUAUUUGGGUAUUCUAGUACUUGUUUGCUAUUCACAGUGAGUAGCGACAGCAUUCACGAGAUAGAAUCGGCCAGAAGAGUUUAUUAGUUUACCCAAAUAUUUCCCUUUAUAAAUCCCAAAGUUCGGAGCAAUUCGAUAUUUUGAAGUGCUGCAACUACAACUUCACUGGGUGAAAACACAUCUGACAAUGGCACCCAUCGAGAAUAUAGUUCAAAACCCCUUAAACAUAGCAUUGUUGAACGUAUUUUAGUAUUUUUAUCCACUAAAAAUUAUUCGUCUGUUCGGAUUCGCUGCUGAAAGUCAAGUGAUCCGAAAAUGAUAGGGAUCAAAACUUACCUUUUCGAAAAUUUCAGCCAGAAAAAAGGCUCUCGAAAAUUCUAGGAGACCAUUUUAGGGUGAAAAUCCGUUAAAAAUGGGCAAUUAUAUCAUUUUUCAGAUGUUCGAAAAUCCUAGCGAGGCAGGCAAGGAAGAAAUUUUACAACAAAUGUUCCAAAAUUCUAGGAUCUCAAAUCGUCUUCCGAACAGAUAUUUUCCCAAAAUUGACGUUGGGUGUCCCUGAUUUAACUCAGGUCCCAAUCGUGGUACAACAACAUUGUGCAUUAUAACGAAGGGUUCCUUUUAGCCGAACCGACGUACAAACUACAGAGUUGUAUACAGCUAUUUCGAGAAAGGUUGUCGGAAAAAGUGCACGCGACAAUCCCGUAAGGUACUUAGUUAGUACUUAAGGUACUUAGUUCACUGCGUCUUCAAAGAAAUAUGAAAAAAUGCCAUGAGAGGCAAUACGCGGACGUAUGGUUUGCAAAUGCUGAAGGAAAGCAAAAAUAGAAGAUUAGACAGCUACAGUGAUCAUUAGAGUUGGAGAAGUACUGUUGAUAGGGCAUAUAGCUGAGCAGUUCAACUUCAAGUUUGCAACCGUUGUGUUCGGUCAAUUCCCUAAGGCCCUGCGCCAUAAUUUCAAACACAUGUUGGGAAUUUGGAGCGGGGGAUCAGCGAUCCACAGAAAUUAGACAUUCAGUGAGGAAGGAAGGAUGGGAUUCCCACAAAUAUUAGUCCUACGAGGAGAGAGACUGCGCAGUGUUGUUUUUUCAAGCUGCUAUCCCAAGUUAAGGGGUUUUGCCCCAUGGCGGGCCCCAGUAGCUUAGAGAGAUGACGUCUUCCGUCGUCGGUUGCAAAGUACACUUCAGGAAUUCUAGAAUGAAGUGGAUUCAUAUAGACAAACGCUUCGAACUGAACAAAGAAUCUGUUCAUUCCUUCAACAGAAUAAAAAUCUCAAAUAAAUAUUAAUAAUUAAAAGUCACCGACAUUUUAAUUGUCCAUCAUACUACAAAACACAACUGAUGACUGAUUACCUGCAUUUAUUAUUUUACAGGUAGCAGAUUUAAACCCAAUUGCAACAAAUUCAUCCAUUUUACCUGCGGGAACCCUUCCCCAUGUAAGGGGGAGAGUGUGCCAUAAGCAUCAGCAAUGUUUGUCAGUACGUCGUUUUAUACCGAUGAGCAACUGAACUUCUUCAAGUGUACAACCACUGUCGUCGACCAUUUCCCUAACGCUCUACACCGCAUAUUCGACGCCAUUAGCGUGAGAAAUGGUUGUUAAGUCGUUUACAGAUGAGCAGUUGAACUUCUUCAAGUUUUCAACCCUUGUCGUCGAUGAAUUCCCUAAAGCUCUACGCCAGACAUUCAAAUACAUGUGGGAAAAUGUCGGACCAGGAUCGAACUGGGAUGACUCGGAAGGUGUGAGAGAUUCAUUUCUGACCAAAGAGGGAGGCACAACUAAAGUUCCCACAGACAAGUCCUACGAGGAGUGGGAUUGCACCGCGCUGUUUCAAGCCACUAUCUACGCGCAAACGUUCGCUUUACCAGACAGCAAAGGUAAACUUACAACUCUUAGUGAGUUGUACGUAAAGCCUCGCCGUAUAACUCAUGGAAGUUUCCACACCUCUGUGGUAAGUCCGAGUGGAAACAAAGCGGAAACAUUUGCUUUCGCGAUUGAUCAGCUGCGACUCUUGCGAAACUCGUUUUGUCAUUCGACCAGUUCAACGAUGGACAAAAAGCUGUUUGACUAUUACGUUAAGCUCGCCAAAGAUGCGUUCAAAGCUCUUGGAGUAACAACACACUCGAUUGAUGCCGUUGGAAAUAUGCCUGAGUCUCACUUCCCCACUGAAGAGGUUGCCAGGCUGACGCAGAAACUAAAGAUCAUAGUCAUGAGAUCUAGUGUGUGUUUUGGUUAG